AUCGGCCGCAAUGGCGACGGCGUCGGCAACACCGCCCCGCUUCCAGAUCCCUAACUAGCGAGUGCGACGCGCCAGAUCGCUUCGCCAUGGAGCACCGCGACGGGGAGAUCCCCGCCAAGGGACCACCCAAGCCUUCCGAUGUCGCCGCAGCGAGGACUGCCUCAGCGCGGUCCCCGACGACCUCCUUAUCAACAUCCUUCUCCUGAUCCGCGACGCCUCCGCCGCCGCGCGGACCAGCGUCCUCUCCCGCCGCUGGCGCCGCGUCUGGACGCUGCUCCCGGAGCUCCACUUUCUCUCCCACAAUGACCCCCACCGCAUACGCCUCGCCCUCACCGCCCAUCAAGCGCCGGCCCUACGCUUCCUCGAUGUCGCCGUCAUUGACGCCACCCCCGAUUCCAUGGUGGCCUGGCUUCAAAUCGCCGCGCGCCGCCUCUCCGGCCAUCUACGUCUCAUCAACACUGAGGAGAACACCUCGUUAGACGAGGCCGGAGAAACAGGCGCAUUCGAGCUGCCCUGCUUCGAGGAUGCCAUGUCCAUCAGCCUCGAACUAGGCCGUCUUGGCCUCGCUGUGCCGUCUUCGGGUGUAUUCGCCCGGCUCACCAAUCUCUUCCUGAAUCGUGUCCGGCUACAUGGUCCGUCAAUGCUCGGUGACGCUGUCUCCUGGCCACGGUGCCCAUCCCUGCGGAGACUCAUCGUUCAUAAUGCUGACGGUGUGCGCAACUUCGCAAUCCACUCCGAUUCUCUCCUACAAAUGGAGCUGAGGAAUCUCCGGUCAGAUAAUGCCCUUGAUCUGGGCAACUUCACCAUUCGUUCAGACUCUCUACUGCGAAUGACUCUGUCGAGUCUGCGUGGCUUGGAGCAGCUCACUGUGAUGGCGCCGGCACUCCAAUUUCUGAGUGUGAGCUCCUGCAUUUCUUAUAGUUUGAGAAAUAAUCAACCGGCUGCAAACAUCUCGGCCCCUCAGCUGAUAUCCCUCCAGUGGAAGGAUGAUUAUCAUCCAAACUACACCCAGCUUAAAAUGGAAAAUCUAGAACGGCUGAGUGCCCACCCUUUUUACGUAUAUGGACAAGAGUCGCACAAGACGUUCAAUAGUAAUUGUACGAGGCUUCUACGGCGCUUUGAGGUCAUCGGGGUUCUCAAAUUAAUGCUUCUCUAUCUGCCGGGAAUUACUAACCAUGAGUACUUGAUGGAAGACAUUAAAAAGAUCCCAAACACUUCAUUAAUGGUCCUGGAAAUAGUGGCAAAUGGACAUUCCUUUGGAGCCAGUUCAUUCCAUGUCCUCAGCAUGUGUAUUGGUGUCAGGAGGCUUCUUCUUAAACUUGUUGACGCACCUAGCCAUCUGGUGACUGGAUGCCCAUCAGGUUGUGUUUGUGAUCAGCCACCAAACUGGAAAAUCGAGGAACUCACGCUGUAUUGCCUUCGAGAAGUAGAGAUCCACAACUUGAGAGGAACUGAACAUGAAACUGCUCUUAUGAAACGGUUAUUCCGUUGGGCAACAGUGCUAGAAAAGAUGACAGUAACUUUUCAUUGCUCAGUCGCUGAAAGCAAGGCCAAGGAGUUCUGCCAGAUGCUUCAAAGCUUCUGUAGGCCAGAAAUAUCUAUGAAGGGGCAACGCUUCGCCUAAUCUAGUCGUAGCACAGGUAACCAUGGCCUGAACUUGUUGGGAAACUUUAUGUGCACCGCGGGGCCUCGCAGAACGCUUUGCCAACUUGUCACUUGUGUUGGUGCUCGUGCCUGGUGGUCGUCUUGUAGUUGGCAUCUUGGUAUGAAUUGUACUGUUUGUGAACUUCAUAGUUUGUUAGAUCCUUUCGAGAUGUUGCAGGAUGUAUAAGUUGUACUUUAUGCAUGUGGAUGCUGUCUGAACUUCAGUUCUUGUUGCCAACAGAGCUUUAAUCAGUCU